UCACAUUCCGCAGGCUCGAGCCGGUCCUCGCGAUAAUUCGCCGUUAGUGGCGCCGAUGGGAUUUGUAGUUCCAGGGAGACUUUCCAGACACGGCGUGGACGUUGUUCCCACGCCGGUCAGGACUACAGUUCCCGAAGCGCGAAGCGCGGCGGCGGCCGUAUGACGAACUUGAAGUAUGGUUUCGGCUAUCCAGGUCACGGUGAUGUACUGAAGAUAGCUUCACUCUCAAGUUAUCAUGGUCACUAAAGCAUCUUUGGAUGAAGACGAUAUUGGCUGGGGGCUUGGUAUCUCAGAAAAGAUGGAAAAAAGUAAUGCAAACUGGUUUGACAUUACCAAGCAAUUCAAGGAUUGCUGUAAAGAACUUAAAUUAGGUGAACUACUACAUGACAAACUCUUUGGUCUAUUUGAAGCCAUGUCUGCAAUUGAGAUGAUGGAUCCAAAGAUGGAUGCAGGAAUGAUUGGAAACCAGGUUAAUCGUAAGGUACUCAACCUGGAGCAGGCGAUCAAGGGUAAAAUUUUCUUCUCACAGAUAACAUGGCUAGAAGGGCAUUCUUUGGCCCAGACAGUCUUCACGUGUCUUUAUGUUCAUAAUCCAGACUUAAUUGAGGAUUCUGCAAUGAAAGCUUUUGCUCUGGGCAUCCUAAAGAUCUGUGACAUUGCCAGAGAAAAAGUCAACAAAGCAGCUGUUUUUGAAGAAGAGGAUUUCCAAUCAAUGACUUAUGGCUUCAAAAUGGCCAAUAAUGUUACAGAUCUGAGAGUUACAGGCAUGUUAAAAGAUGUAGAAGAUGAUUUACAAAGAAGAGUGAAGAGCACCAGAAGUCGGCAAGGAGAAGAACGCAAUCCAGAGGUUGAACUUGAACAUCAACAAUGUACAGCAGUUUUCAGUAGGAUAAAAUUUACUCGGUUAUUAUUGACAGCCCUGAUUGCUUUUACGAAGAAAGAGAUGAGUGCAAUAAGUGAAGCCCAGAAGCUUAUGACUCAAGCUUCUGAUCUUCUACCUGCUGUACAAAACUCCAUCCACCAUGGCAUUCAGGCCCAAAAUGAUACUACAAAAGGAGAUCAUCCUAUAAUGAUGGGAUUUGAACCACUGGUCAAUCAGAGAUUGUUACCUCCAACGUUCCCUCGCUAUGCAAAAAUUAUAAAACGAGAGGAUAUGGUCAACUAUUUUGCUAAACUUAUAGAGCGAAUAAAAAUGGUUUGUGAGGUUGUCAACUUGACAAACCUGCACAAUAUUUUGGACUUCUUCUGUGAAUUUAGUGAACAGUCGCCUUGUGUGCUGUCUAGGUCUUUGUUACAGGCAACUUUCUUGGUUGAUAACAAAAAGGUGUUUGGUAUACAUCUGAUGCAAGAUAUGAUCAAAGAUGCUUUGAGAUAUUUUGUCAGUCCUCCUGUGCUUUCAUCUAAAUGUUGCCUUUACAAUAAUCACCAAGCUAAGGAUUAUAUAGACUCAUUUGUCACUCACUGUGUUCGGCCAUUUUGUAGUUUGAUCCAGAUUCAUGGACACAACAGAGCUCGCCAGAGAGAUAAACUUGGCCACAGCCUAGAGGAGUUUGCCACUCUCCAGGAUGAGGUAUUUUCCGUGAACUAUGAAACGAAAAGAGGGAGGAACUUGUUUUCUAUGAUACCUUUCACACCCUCAGGACAUUCCAAGAUGUCCUGAUGAGGUCGUUUUUGA